ACUUUCUCACCACUCUAAACACACUCUCCACCAUUUUCCGCCACUCUCACUCAAGCACCCACACCAUAAACAGAACAAUCCAAAGCUUCAACCUUUUUCACUCACACAACAAAAAGAAAAUCACAAACCCCAAAAAAAGAAGCUCAGUUUUCAGCAAUGCAGCUAAAAAGAAAAAGACACACUAGGGUUUUGCAUUGAAUUGAAAUCUUACCACUCAAUUUGGAAUUCAAAUUUUCAAACCCAACAAAAACUCUUUUCUUUUUUUUUCCCGAUUGUGUGAGUGAAAGCCUUAAAUUUUGAAUUUUUAUUCCUGUGGUGUUUCGUUAUUCAGCAUUGUUGACCUUCCGAGAGAGUUUUCAGAAGAAGGUUCUAGAAGAGCUUUAAUGUCGGGUCCACCGAGAGUCCGAUCCAUGAAUGUGGCUGCCGCCGGCGACUCUGAGCUCCGGCAAGUGCUCGUCCCCGCCUGCAACAAGGCUCGUGCCGCCAGCGACGGGAGGAAACCUGUGAAAAAGCCUUCGCCAGAGACUGUGUCAAAGGAGAAGAAGCCUUCGCCGGCGGCGGCACCGGCAAUUCUGAAGCGGCAGGAGCGCCACCAUCAGGCUCUGCUGAAGAACCUGUCGAUGAAUGCCUCUUGCUCAUCCGAUGCCUCGUCGACGGAUUCCUCCACUCACAGCGGGGCUUCAUCGAGCGGAAAGGCUGCGGCCGUGGCGGCGCGUCGGGUCAGUGUGGUGGCUAGGAAGAAGCAGGGUAGUGUCAAGGCUGAGAAGGUCAACAGUUGCAGUGUGGCUGCUGCUUCUGAUAAUGGUGCUGAGGUGGAUUCAUGUGAUAGCUUGGAGGGCAAGAAAAGAUGUGCUUGGGUAACACCAAAUACAGAACCAAGUUAUGUUGCUUUUCAUGACGAAGAGUGGGGAGUUCCUGUUCAUGAUGACAAGAAACUGUUUGAGUUGCUCAGCUUCUCUGGAGCCUUGGCUGAACUUACAUGGCCUGCCAUUCUUAGCAAAAGGCAGUUAUUUUGGUACUGACAUAAUUUUCUUCGGAUUUUAUGUAUUCUGGAUUCAAUCAUAUUUGUAUACGAGCUCCACUUUAUAGUAAAAAACAAUUUGGUACAAUGUUCAGAAACCCGACAUGGUGGUAGACUCCACCAUGACAAAAAUCAGUGUGAAAUGACAGUACAGACUUGUUUUCGUAUUAAAUAUCG